UCUCCCCACCCAGCCGCCAAGAUGGGGGACAAGAAAGAUGACAAGGGCUCGCCCAAGAAGAGUAAGGGCAAGGAGCGCCGGGACCUGGAUGACCUCAAGAAGGAGGUGGCGAUGACAGAGCAUAAGAUGUCAGUGGAAGAGGUCUGCCGGAAAUACAACACGGACUGCGUGCAGGGUUUGACGCACAGCAAAGCCCAGGAGAUCUUAGCCCGGGACGGACCUAACGCACUCACGCCGCCCCCCACCACUCCGGAGUGGGUCAAGUUCUGCCGCCAGCUCUUUGGGGGCUUCUCCAUCCUGCUGUGGAUUGGGGCCAUACUCUGUUUCCUGGCCUAUGGUAUCCAGGCGGGCACCGAAGACGACCCCUCUGGUGACAAUCUGUACUUGGGCAUCGUGCUGGCAGCCGUGGUGAUCAUUACAGGCUGCUUUUCCUAUUACCAAGAGGCCAAGAGCUCCAAGAUCAUGGAGUCCUUCAAGAACAUGGUUCCCCAGCAAGCCCUCGUGAUCCGGGAAGGUGAGAAGAUGCAGGUGAAUGCCGAGGAGGUGGUGGUUGGGGACCUGGUGGAGAUCAAGGGUGGAGACCGAGUCCCGGCCGACCUGCGCAUCAUCUCAGCUCAUGGCUGCAAGGUCGACAACUCCUCACUGACCGGUGAAUCCGAACCCCAGACCCGCUCUCCGGACUGUACCCACGACAACCCCCUGGAGACUCGCAACAUCACCUUCUUCUCCACCAACUGCGUGGAAGGCACGGCUCGGGGCGUGGUGGUGGCCACAGGUGACCGGACAGUCAUGGGCCGCAUCGCCACACUGGCCUCGGGCCUGGAGGUAGGCAAGACGCCCAUCGCCAUUGAGAUCGAGCACUUCAUCCAGCUCAUCACGGGCGUGGCCGUCUUCCUGGGCGUCUCCUUCUUCGUCCUCUCCCUCAUCCUGGGCUACACCUGGCUCGAGGCUGUCAUCUUCCUCAUUGGAAUCAUCGUGGCCAAUGUCCCAGAGGGCCUGCUGGCCACUGUCACCGUGUGUCUGACGCUGACUGCCAAGCGCAUGGCCCGCAAGAACUGCCUGGUGAAGAAUCUGGAGGCUGUGGAGACCCUGGGCUCCACAUCCACCAUCUGCUCAGACAAGACGGGGACCCUCACCCAGAACCGCAUGACGGUUGCCCACAUGUGGUUUGAUAACCAGAUCCAUGAGGCAGACACCACGGAGGACCAGUCAGGGACCUCCUUCGACAAGAGCUCGCACACCUGGGUGGCCCUGUCCCACAUCGCUGGGCUCUGCAACCGGGCUGUCUUUAAGGGAGGCCAGGACAACAUCCCAGUGCUCAAGAGAGACGUGGCUGGGGACGCCAGUGAGUCCGCCCUGCUCAAAUGCAUCGAGCUGUCCUCUGGCUCUGUGAAGCUCAUGCGCGAACGGAACAAGAAAGUGGCCGAGAUUCCUUUCAACUCCACCAACAAAUACCAGCUCUCCAUCCACGAGACCGAGGACCCCAACGAUAACCGAUACCUGCUGGUGAUGAAGGGUGCCCCCGAACGCAUCCUCGACCGCUGCGCCACCAUCCUCCUGCAAGGCAAGGAGCAGCCGCUGGAUGAAGAGAUGAAGGAGGCCUUCCAGAACGCCUACCUGGAGCUCGGCGGCCUGGGCGAGCGCGUGCUUGGUUUCUGCCAUUACUACUUGCCGGAAGAGCAGUUCCCCAAGGGCUUCGCCUUCGACUGUGACGACGUGAACUUCACCACAGACAACCUCUGCUUCGUGGGCCUCAUGUCCAUGAUCGACCCUCCCCGCGCAGCCGUCCCUGAUGCUGUGGGCAAGUGCAGAAGCGCAGGCAUAAAGGUGAUCAUGGUCACAGGCGAUCACCCCAUCACAGCCAAGGCCAUCGCCAAGGGCGUGGGCAUCAUCUCCGAGGGCAAUGAGACCGUGGAGGACAUCGCCGCCCGACUCAACAUUCCCGUCAGCCAGGUCAACCCGAGGGACGCCAAGGCCUGUGUGAUCCAUGGCACCGACCUCAAGGACUUCACGUCAGAGCAGAUCGAUGAGGUCCUGCAGAACCACACUGAAAUCGUCUUUGCCCGGACCUCCCCCCAGCAGAAGCUCAUCAUCGUGGAGGGCUGCCAGCGGCAGGGAGCCAUUGUGGCUGUGACUGGCGAUGGUGUGAACGACUCCCCUGCUCUGAAGAAGGCUGAUAUUGGGGUGGCCAUGGGUAUUGCUGGCUCUGAUGUAUCCAAGCAGGCUGCUGACAUGAUUCUACUAGACGACAACUUUGCAUCCAUUGUCACAGGGGUGGAGGAGGGUCGCCUGAUCUUUGACAACCUGAAGAAGUCCAUCGCCUACACCCUGACCAGUAACAUCCCUGAGAUCACCCCCUUCCUGCUCUUCAUCAUGGCCAACAUCCCCCUGCCCCUGGGCACCAUCACCAUUCUCUGCAUCGACUUGGGCACUGACAUGGUCCCCGCCAUAUCACUGGCCUACGAGGCUGCGGAGAGUGACAUCAUGAAGAGACAGCCCAGGAACCCUCGCACAGACAAGCUGGUCAACGAGAGGCUCAUUAGCAUGGCCUAUGGGCAGAUCGGGAUGAUCCAGGCUCUUGGCGGCUUCUUCUCCUACUUUGUGAUCCUGGCAGAAAAUGGCUUCUUGCCUGGCAACCUGGUGGGCAUCCGGCUGAACUGGGAUGACCGGACCGUCAACGACCUGGAGGACAGCUACGGGCAGCAGUGGACCUAUGAGCAGAGGAAGGUGGUGGAGUUCACCUGCCACACGGCCUUCUUCGUGAGCAUCGUGGUUGUCCAGUGGGCAGAUCUGAUUAUCUGCAAGACCCGAAGGAACUCGGUCUUCCAGCAGGGCAUGAAGAACAAGAUCCUGAUCUUCGGCUUAUUUGAGGAGACAGCUCUGGCUGCCUUCUUGUCUUACUGCCCUGGCAUGGACGUGGCCCUCCGCAUGUACCCUCUCAAGCCCAGCUGGUGGUUCUGUGCCUUCCCCUACAGUUUCCUCAUCUUCGUCUACGAUGAAAUCCGCAAGCUCAUCCUGCGCAGGAACCCCGGGGGUUGGGUGGAGAAAGAAACCUACUACUGACCUCAAUCCCACCACGUCACCCACCUCUUCCCUGUCCCCA